AUGCCGAUAGGGGUCUUUUAUGACGGUCAAUCGCUCUCAUCGCAUAAACGGGUAUGUAACUCUCAGAAUAGGAUGUCGUCGCUGUUUGUCUUUCUAGUCUUAUUUUUCGCCUCCAAAGCAUCCGCUGAAAACUUACGUGAAGGAGAGGUAGCUCCCGUCGAUGACACGCACAUGACGUAUGCCAGGUGGUCAGAGUUUUGUGUGAAAGCUCAAAAGGUCUUCAACGAAACACACGAUAAGGCUGCGGUGGAAGUGGAGACCGCGGGAGAUACCGCCACAAAAAACACAAUUAAAGCUGCUUAUGAAAGUUUCCAGGCGACCGUUUUGAAGAUUAAGCAGGAAUGUGAUAAAUUGGUCGCUCUUCCAAAUACUGCGGAACAACUUAAAUUCAAAGGUCAACCAAAUGAAGCAACUGAACUAGACAAAGCUUCAAGAUUCAUCGGAAGGCAAGUCAUGAGCGCUAUCAUUAGCGCACACAAUCAUUACAUCAUCUAUAAGGUCGUGUUCAAUAGUGAGAAGGAAAAACGCAAUUAUGUUGCUGCCAGCAAAGUCAUUGACAAUGCUAUUCUCAGUGUGAAGUCGUUAAGCUCAUUCGCCACGGUUAAAAGAAUCAUUCUCUCUGCACCUGCUAUAUUUGCAAUUCACUCCAUUUUGUUCUGA